UUGGUGGUCCUUGUUACCUCUGUUAAAGCUGAUGCAAUGGACAGUAGCAACAGCAGUAACUAUGACGACAGCAGUGUGAGUGAUCCCUCAACCCCUCCCCCGUGCUCCCUUGUCCCAGACAUUCAGUUGAUGAUGCACGGGUUUGGGGACUGCCGUCGCCCAUUACUUGAGACAGCUGCAGUUAUUGAGUCAGUUGUACACCAACAGAUGACUCUUUUCUUGCACCUUGCAACAGAUAUUUCAGAACAAAGAGGAAGCAAAGUUGUAGGUCCAGAGGACAUAUUAUUUAUUAUGCGCAAAGAUCCUGUCAAAUUGCAACGAAUAGUGCACUAUAUGGGAGUUCGUGAUCUUUACCAACGUGCACGAACCAGCACUUCAGGUUCAUCUGCAAGUGAGUUGCAAGAAUUAACGGCAGAGGGUGGUGGAGAAAUUUCCCGAAAAAAAAUAUGCACCAAUUUCCUCCAAAGUAUUGACCAGACUGGACAGUAUGAACCUCUCUAUUUUUCAACUAUAUUUGAUCCAGUCAAGAAUGAAAGGGCCCAUCGAUUGAAUGUUAUGACACAGGGCAUGUCGAAUCAGAGGUACAAAGAGUACUGUGAGGCUAGAAGAGCUUCAUUUUGUCCAAGGCUGAGAGUCAACAAAUUCCGAGAAUGGCUUCCUCCACCUAUUAAUUUCUUUUCCAUUUGUAUGCAGACUAAACUUGUGUUGGAGAUGCUAAAUCGCUUGGCUUAUGAAACAGUUGCUCAGAUUGUAGAUCUUGCUCUCCUAGUGAAAAGAGACGCUAUGGGACGUAAUUCUGACCUGUCUCGCUUCCGCACACCGACUGUUCUCAACCCUGACUAUCCAUGCGUAUUUAUUCAUCAGAGUGGCUCACUGCAGGAGGUAGGAUCUGGUGAAGACCACAGUAUAGGGAUGGAUCCCAUAACUCCUGCAGAGGUCCGGGAAGCAGUGCGAAGGUAUUGGGCCAACAACUCCCCACUUUCUCCAUUCUCGAAGACAAGAUCACCAAUUGAAACAAGGCUCCUUGCUGCUUAGAGAUAUAUCAGAUACAUAGAAGACUUCUGUCACCUGUGACAGAAGUAUGUAAAAUGUCUACAUAGGUUUACAAAUAAAUUAAGUUCCACUAUGGUACCUGCAUUUUUUGGCAUUAGCAUAUUGUUUUCACAGUAGCAUGUUC